AGCCCGUCCGCCUUAAUUUUAUGUCCGCGCCGGGUUUUCCCAGGCAGCCGCCGGCGGCAGGCUCCGGUCCGGCGGCGGAAACUCCGGCGCCAGAAUUUGGGUGCCGCCGCGGCCUGCGCCGGGCGGGCGGGGCCAGGAGGGGCGAGGCGAGGCGGGGCGGGCGAGAGGAGGGAAGUUGUCGAAGUUAGGGGAGACGCCCGCCCGCCGCCCGGGCUCGCCUCCGGCCGCUCCCUCCGCCCCCUCCCCGCCCCGAGCCCCCGUCCGCCAGUCCUUCCUUCCCCUGCCGUGCAUGAUGGAAACACCAUGGCUGCGGCGGCCCAGCUCUCCCUGACACAGUUAUCAAGUGGGAAUCCUGUAUAUGAAAAGUAUUAUAGACAGGUUGAUACAGGCAAUACUGGAAGGGUAUUAGCUUCUGAUGCUGCUGCUUUCCUGAAAAAAUCAGGGCUUCCAGACCUGAUACUUGGAAAGAUUUGGGAUUUAGCUGACACAGAUGGCAAAGGUCUCCUGAACAAACAAGAAUUCUUCAUUGCUUUGCGUCUUGUGGCAUGUGCCCAGAAUGGAUUGGAGGUUUCACUGAGUAGCUUGAACCUGGCUGUUCCUCCACCAAGAUUUCAUGAUGCCAGUAGUCCUUUGCUAAUCAGUGGAACCUCUGCAACUGAGCUCCCGUGGGCUGUAAAAUCUGAAGAUAAGGCCAAAUAUGAUGCUAUUUUUGAUAGUUUAAGCCCAGUGAAUGGAUUUCUGUCUGGUGAUAAAGUGAAACCAGUGUUGCUCAACUCUAAGUUACCUGUGGAUAUCCUUGGAAGAGUUUGGGAGUUGAGUGAUAUUGACCAUGAUGGAAUGCUUGACAGAGAUGAGUUUGCAGUUGCCAUGUUUUUGGUAUACUGUGCAUUGGAGAAAGAACCUGUGCCAAUGUCCUUGCCUCCAGCCUUGGUGCCACCUUCUAAGAGAAAAACGGUCAGUAUAUCAGGCUCUAUGCGGUUGAUCCCCUCUUCAGCAUCAGCCAAGGAACCUUACCACUCCUUACCACCUGUAGGCAUUUUACCUACCAAAGCACCGUUAAGACAGUGGGUUGUAUCCCCUGCAGAAAAAGCUAAAUAUGAUGAAAUCUUCCUGAGAACUGAUAAAGACAUGGAUGGAUUUGUGUCUGGAUUGGAAGUCCGUGAAAUCUUCCUGAAGACAGGUUUACCUUCUGUCGUGCUAGCCCAUAUUUGGGCAUUAUGUGACACAAAGGACUGUGGGAAGCUUUCAAAGGAUCAGUUUGCCUUAGCUUUUCACUUAAUCAAUCAAAAGUUAGUAAAGGGCAUUGAUCCUCCUCACAUUCUUACUCCUGAGAUGAUUCCACCAUCGGACAGAGCCGCUUUACAAAAGAACAUCAUAGGAUCAAGUCCUGUUGCAGAUUUCUCUGCUAUUAAGGAGCUAGAUACCCUUAACAAUGAAAUAGUUGACCUACAGAGGGAAAAGAAUAAUGUGGAACAGGACCUUAAGGAGAAAGAAGAUACUAUUAAACAGAGGACAAGCGAGGUUCAGGAUCUUCAAGAUGAAGUUCAAAGGGAGAAUACUAAUCUGCAAAAACUACAGGCGCAGAAACAGCAAGUACAGGAACUCCUUGAUGGACUGGAUGAGCAGAAAGCCCAGCUGGAGGAGCAACUCAAGGAAGUCAGAAAGAAAUGUGCUGAGGAGGCCCAGCUGAUCUCAUCUCUGAAAGCUGAAUUAACUAGUCAAGAAUCGCAGAUCUCCACUUAUGAAGAAGAGCUGGCCAAAGCUAGGGAAGAGCUGAAUCGCCUACAACAAGAGACGGCAGAACUGGAGGAGAGUGUGGAGUCAGGGAAGGCUCAGCUGGGACCUCUUCAGCAGCACCUGCAAGAUUCACAGCAGGAAAUCAGUUCAAUGCAAAUGAAACUGAUGGAAAUGAAAGAACUGGAAAACCAUAAUAAUCAAUUAAAUUGGUGCAGUAGCCCACACAGUAUUCUUGUAAAUGGCGCUACAGAUUAUUGCAGCCUCAGCACCAGCAGCAGUGAAACAGCCAACCUUAAUGAGCACGCUGAAGGCCACACCAACCUAGAGUCUGAGCCCAUCCACCAGGAGUCUCCAGCAAGAAGUAGUCCUGAAAUACCACCUUCUGGUGUGACUGAUGAAAAUGAAGUGGUGACUGCAGCUGUUAAUGAAAAAGUUUGUCCUGAAUUUAACAGUGACAGACAUUCGAAAGAGGAAGAUCCAUUUAAUGUAGAAUCAAGUUCACUGACAGAUCCCGUUGCAGAUACAAACUUGGAUUUUUUCCAAUCUGAUCCUUUUGUUGGCAGUGAUCCUUUCAAAGAUGAUCCUUUUGGGAAAAUUGAUCCGUUUGGAGGUGAUCCUUUCAAAGGUUCAGAUCCAUUUGCAUCUGACUGUUUCUUCAAGCAGUCUUCUACUGAUCCUUUUGCCACUUCAAGUACUGACCCUUUCUGUGCAACCAGCGAUAGCAGUAAUACAUCGGUAGAAACAUUGAAGCACAAUGAUCCUUUUGCUCCUGGUGGAACAGUUGUUGUUGCAGCUAGUGAUUCAGCCACAGACCCCUUUGCUUCUGUUUUUGGAAGUGAAUCAUUUGAAGAUGGAUUUGCUGACUUCAGCACAUUGUCAAAGGUCAACAAUGAAGAUCCUUUUAGUUCAGCCACAUCGAGCUCUGUCAGCACUGUGGUCGUUACAAAAAAUGUGCUUGAGGAAACAUCGGACAAAAGUGAAGAUGUACCCCCAGCACUGCCGCCAAAGAUCGGAACUCCAACAAGACCCUGCCCACCACCACCUGGGAAAAGACCCAUCAACAAAUUGGAUUCUUCUGAUCCCUUUAAACUGAAUGAUCCAUUUCAGCCUUUCCCAGGCAAUGAUAGCCCCAAAGAAAAAGAUCCUGAUAUGUUUUGCGAUCCAUUCACUUCUACUACUACCACUACCAGUAAAGAGGCUGACUCAAGCAAUUUUGCUAACUUCAGUGCUUAUCCCUCUGAGGAAGAUAUGAUUGAAUGGGCCAAAAGGGAAAGUGAGAGAGAGGAGGAACAGAGGCUUGCCCGGCUGAAUCAGCAAGAGCAGGAAGACUUAGAACUGGCUAUUGCACUCAGCAAAUCUGAGAUAUCGGAAGCGUGAAGAGUUCUCCCGUCCUUUGUCAGCCACAUAGUACUCUUCUGAAUACUGAAGCUAUUUACAGUGUAUAUCAAAACUACCUAUGAGCAUGGGAAUACAAAAGGUUUGAGAUUCCUGUAAAUGUGACAAAAGUUUGGUUUUUUGUUUUUACUCCAUUUAAGAUUUGUCUUUUUUUUUUCCUUGUAAAAGCAGUAACCCAGUCAUACUCCACGUAGGCCCCUCGUUCUUGUGUGCAUUUACUGUGAGCUUCUGCCUGCCUAUGCUACUUUUACCUGUAAAGCUAGAGCACUCAGCUUCUGCCUUCUGGAAUAUAGAGAAAUAGUUUCAGACGCUUAGCCGUGUUCUGUAGUUACUCUGAUGAUAGCCAGUGGGGUUCUUAAAGUUUGCAGUAUUCUCCCUAUUUGAAUGGUUGAGGGAGGGGAAGGGAAAGAGCAUCCUGUUUCUUUUAUGAUAGUGCAAAUUGGCCAGUUUAAAGUGCUUGUUUGUAUUUCCUUAUAAUCAAAAUGUUGUUCAAUUUUUUUUAUAGACAAAGAAAAGUAUUUUGCAUAAAUUGAAAAGAUAUAAUUUAGAUUGAACCAUUAUAGCUUUAGAUUCAAUCUUUUCCUAAAUAAAAACGUUAAAGCCUCAUGUGUGAAAUAUAUUUAAAAAAAAAUUCUCUGGAUUUAAAGAAUUUUAGAUAAACAGAUACCUCUCCGUAAUUUUAAGUGCUAGACAGUGGAGAAAAUUUAUCACCUGAAAUAUAGCCAUGGGUAUAAGGUAGACAAAAAUCUUAACAUGGCAGCCAUUCAGCCACUGCUCUGGCACUGUCCUCUUUAGUUGAUGGUAAGUUUAUUUUUGUACUUUUGCAGAAGAAACUUUGGCAAGCUAGAACUGGAAGGUACUUUAAUUUUUUGUAUAUAUAUUUUUUGUUUAAUGAAGGCUCUAUUACUUGAAAUGUAAAAACUCACUGAAUACAAAUGAAAAAAGUGACAUGUAUUAAAUCAUAUUAUUGCUUUUUGUCCAUCGUUGUGGUUUAAAAUAGUUUAUUCUCUUCAUGUUUUUCACCGAUAAAAUUGGCAGGCUAACAAGAAAAAUCUUGUUUUUUUAAUUGGAAGAGAAGGGACUUGUCACCUUAUCCAAGCUCUUCGUGUGUUAAAAACCUGUCUCCUGUAAAACUGACCUAGCAGACAACCUGAAUUUGAAAUAGACUGUGAAGAAGGCUAUAAAUUGUAGAGUAAUCUUAAUUUUUUUUAACAUAAGUUACUGACUUAGAUAAUGUGUUAAAUACUCUAUAAAGAAAAAUGCACCUAAAAACCAAUUAAAAGUCUUUGUGGUCACCAGGUCAAGGUGGUAUUGAUCUGUGUUAAUCAGAGUAACUUAUUGCCUCGCCUAUGAAUAAAUUCCAAAAUAUCCGAUUCAUUUCAUCUUGGAAUGGUGCUUUUUCCUCUCCACACACAAUUGGACUGCUGCAGUGCAAAACAAACUUAAACCACUUUCUUGCACUGCUGACUUUUUUCUACUUUUAUAAAUCGAAACAUUUCAGCAUGAAAGUCACACAUAUGAAGCAAGGGCUGAACUAUAAUCUCAAGGCUUUAAUUUUGAUAAACUAAUUCAGUGACCUACAGAUAUGUUGGAAAAGUUGAUUGAGAAGGUAGUGUUGGGAGCUGUGAUAGGUAGUGGUUUUUGGGUUUUUUUCUUCCCCUUACACUUCAGGAAAAAGGUAAGUUGACUUGAACAACCUUCGUUUGCACUGGGAAAAUGAACAGAUGUUUGAAAUGCUUUUAAAAUAUUUUUUUUAAUUAAAAAAACACUCUGGAAAGAACUAAAUAUCUGUAACUUAUAAACACUGACUUUCAAUGUAAUAAAUGUACCCUAAUCUUAUGUGUGUUUAACUGGAUUACAUAGAUUCUUAUCUUUUGUUAAAAUACGUAUACUCAGUGGACCAAUAUAAUGUUAAAGUAUGUAUAUAUUAUAUAAAUAUAUAUGUAUCCAUAUCUCCAUGCUCAUUUGUGUAGGAUGAAUGUCUUGGAGUCGUUUGUGGUUAUAUUUUACAUUGUUGACUCUGGCUCCAGAGCCUGUGCUUGAAAAGGACAGAUGAGUAUUCCUGAGAGCGAGGUGGCACUACUCAUGAAGUUUUAACCCUCUUCUACAUAUUUGUUCAGGUUUAUCUGGGCUCUCUUUAUAGAAUUUUCUCGUAUGUUUCAAACUUCUAAAUUGUAGCCUGUAAUUAUGAGAACAAUAAACUUAAGUAAGAAUAAAGCAUACUAUCCAGACAUCCUA